AUGGGCCUCGUCUACCACCCAUUCUCUAUCAUCGUCUUCUUGAUCGUCGCCGCGUGGCUCGUGCUCUACUUCUCUCGUGACCAGCCCCUCGAGGUGUUCGGGUUUGUGGUCUCGAACCAAGUCGUGAUGGUUGUUCUUGCGGUGGUGACGGUUGUGGCUCUGGUCCUAACUCACAUGUGGGUCAACGUCAUCGUUUCGAGAGUGAUUGGGGUCGUUUUGAUUGGGCUGCAUGAGGUGUUUAGAGAGACGGAGGAUCUUGUUAUGGAUGAUCAAGAAUUGUCGUAUGGGGCUCUGCUCUCGGAUGAUACUGACCCAAGUGGGAAUUACACCAUUAUGUGA